AUGGAGCCACACUGCAGCGUGAAGAGCUCGAGUGUCGCGCACGAGAGAGCUGCUUGCGGCAGCACAAAGCAAGAUCAGGUGGCUGGUGCACUUGCAGUACGUGCAGUGCUGUGGUCCAUAGGGAUUCCGAGCGAGAUCACCCUCAAGCUGCUAAGCAGAAUGUACUUGCCGGGAUGCAGCAGACGGCAUGAACCACUGACCAUCAAGGAGUUCUGUGAAGUGAGAGAUCGCAGACUGAGGAAGCAGAUUGGCAAAACGCUUAAGAGCGCGGUUCACCUCGCCAACUGGAAGGGCACCGUUGUGGUUGUGAAGUGUGCCAAGAUGCAGCAGUCGAACAUGGUCAAAAACCUGCGCAAGUCGCACAGCAUGAUGCUGGGCGGCGUGGAAGGUGCCUCGCCAAGGCGAGCCGACGGUGACGAGACAGAAGCCGACAUCACGGAAGAACUCCUUCAUGAAAUUCAGCUUCUGGCUUCUCUUCGCCACCCGGAUUUGGUGUUGUUCCUCGGAGCUUGCCUGGACCCGAACUAUCCCAUCAUGUUUGUGUCGGAGUUCAUGGGUGGAGGCGAUCUCGAGCACUUCAUGUACAACAUGCGGGAGAAGCAUCAGGUCGCUGCCUGGAAGCCGCCAUUGUGGCGCAUGGUAGAGUGGUCUUGUGCCAUUGGCCGCGCUCUGGCUUUUCUGCAUGGUUUUGCGGCACCCAUUGUACAUCGAGAUCUGAAGCCGCUCAACUUGCUGCUCACCAAAAAUCUCGAACUGAAGAUGACGGAUUUUGGGAUAAGCAAGAUGAUGGCCACAAUGGAGAAUGAGCAUCAUACAAUGACGGGCGGCGUGGGAAGCUACUUGUACAUGGCCCCAGAAGUUGUGCGGUACGAGGAGUACAACGAGAAGGUUGACAUCUACUCCUACGGCCUGAUCAUGUAUUACCUCAGCUCUGGGAAGCGCCCUUUCCACCACAUCACUCUUGACCCGGAGGUGAUCCUCCAGCAGUACUGCCAGAAAAAGGAGCCACGUCCUCUCAUUUCUGAUUGCCCCAAGAUCCUGCGAGGCAUCAUUGAGCCAUGCUGGCAGACGGACAAGUUUGUUCGACCUUCGGCAGAGGAGAUCACACUUCAGCUGGACGCAAUUGCAGCGUCGCGAGGCGUCUCUUGUGAGUCCUGCUCUACGAUGUGA